AAUUAUGUAUUUUACUAUAUUAACAGUAUUAUUAUUAUUGUUAAACUGUACAUGGUCAAUUCAUGGCGAUGAUACUAAUGAUAAUUAUAAUAAAUUUGUUCAAACAUUUUGUAUGCCCAACAAAACCGAUACCCAAACCGUACGCAAAGUUAAUCAAUGUUCAGAUGAAAGCUAUAAACUAUUGGACGAAAAACAUCAGAAAUUUUUCGAUAAAUUAAAAACGUUUUGUAGGGAAUGUGUGACCGGAAAGGAUAGUGAAGUCAAGGGCUAUACUUUGGUUGAUAUGUCGGACACUCGGGUAAAGUCUACGUUAAUCCGGUAUUGUUGGCCAUCCUAUGUUGACUGUUAUGUACAAAAAUAUAAAUCGCUUAGUGAUGAUGAUAAAAAAUUGGCUAAAGAUAUUAACAAUAAUAAUGCUAAUGAUAAAUUUAAGGAAUGUGUCAAUCAAGUGGUUAAAAUAUAAAUCAAAAUUGAAAAAAUUGGGAAA